AUGGCAGACAACACAGUCUACCGCGCGAGCACCUUUGCUCCCGUCAACAUCGCCGUCAUCAAAUACUGGGGCAAGCGCGAUGCCAAACUCAACCUUCCCACCAACAGCUCGCUGUCCGUAACGCUGUCGCAAGACGACCUCCGCACCCACACCACCGCCUCUUGCAGCAGCCAAUACCCCAAGGACUCCCUCACCCUCAACGGUUCCGACCAGGACAUCUCAGGUGCCCGUACACAAGCUUGUCUGGCUGAGCUGCGUACUCUGCGUCGUCAAGUCGAAGAAGCCGACUCAUCACUCCCCAAGCUCUCGUCGCUGCCCCUCAAGAUUGUCUCGCGCAACAACUUCCCUACUGCCGCUGGUCUGGCCUCGUCCGCCGCAGGUUUCGCUGCCUUUGUCCGCGCCAUUGCCAACCUCUACGACUUGAAGUCGACACCCACGGAAUUGAGCCGGAUCGCAAGACAGGGUUCUGGUUCAGCAUGCCGCAGUCUGUUUGGAGGUUACGUUGCAUGGCAAAUGGGUGAGAAGAAGGACGGUAGCGACAGUGUUGCCGUCGAGGUCGCUCCCGCAGAGCACUGGUCCGACAUGCGCGCCGUCAUUCUCGUCGCAUCCGCCGAGAAGAAGGACGUCAGCAGCACUUCUGGCAUGCAGCAAACCGUCGCAACCUCGACUCUGUUCGCCGAGCGCAUCGCAAACACCGUUCCUCGCCGCAUGCAAGAGAUGGAAAAGGCUGUUGCCGACAAGGACUUUGCUGCGUUCGCCAGCCUCACCAUGAAGGACAGCAACUCGUUCCACGCUACCUGCCUCGACACCGAGCCCCCAAUCUUUUACAUGAACGACACUUCGCGCGCCGCCAUCCGUAUGGUCGACAUGAUCAACUCCGAGGCUGGCAAGACCAUUGCUGCAUACACCUUUGAUGCCGGCCCGAACGCUGUCGUCUACUACCAGGCUCACGACGAGGCCAAGGUCGCUGGCGUCUUCAAGACCGUCUUGGGUGACAAGGAGGGCUGGGAGGGCGCUCGCGGCAAGUCUGUCGAGGCUGCUAACACCCCCAAGGACUCACAAAUUGCUGCCGAUCGCCUGAAAGAAGGUAUUAGCAGAGUCAUCCUCACCUCUGUCGGGCCUGGUCCUAUCAAGACCGAGGAGAGUUUGAUUGACGAGAACGGCAACACCAUCUAA